UGUAACAAAUCAUUCCACCAAAGUGGCCUAUUGGAAAUACAUCGACGCACACACACUGGUGAAAAACCGUACGGGUGCGACGUUUGUGACAAAUAGUUCAGCAAUAAUGGCAAUUUGACAGUACACCGACGCACACACACUGAUGAAAAACCGUACGGGUGCGAUAUGUGUGACAAAUCGUUCAACGAUAGUAGCAAGUUGACAGUACAUCGACGCAUGCACACUGGUGAAAAACCGUACGGGUGCGACGUUUGUGACAAAUCGUUCAGCAAUACUGGCGAUUUGACAAAACAUCGACGCACACAUAGUGGUGAAAAACCGUACGCUUGCGAUGUGUGUGACAAAUCAUUCAGCCAAUGUAGCAGCUUAGCAGUACAUCGACGCACACAUAGUGGUGAAAAACCGUACUGGUGCGACGUUUGUGACAGAUCGUUCAGCAAUAAUGGCAAUUUGACAGUACACCGACGCACACACACUGGCAAAAAACCGUACGGGUGCGAUGUGUGUGACAAAUCGUUCAACAAGAAUAGCGAUUUGCCAAAACAUCGUUGCACACAUAGUGGUGAAAAACCGUACGCGUGCGACGUGUGUGACAAAUCGUUCAGCCAAUGUGGCAGCUUAGCAGUACAUCGCCGUACACACACUGGCGAAAAACCGUAUGUGUGCGAUGUGUGUGGAAAAUCAUUCAGCCAAUGUAGCGAAUUGACAGUACAUCGACGCACACAUAGUGGUGAAAAACCGUACGGGUGCGAUGUGUGUGACAAAUCGUUCAACGAUAGUAGCAAGUUGACAGUACAUCGACGCAUGCACACUGGUGAAAAACCGUAUGGGUGCGACGUUUGUGACAAAUCGUUCAGUAAUACUGGCGAUUUGACAAAACAUCGACGCACACACACUGGUGAAAAACCGUACGGGUGCGACGUUUGUGACAAAUCGUUCAGCAAUACUGGCGAUUUGACAAAACAUCGACGCACACACACUGGUGAAAAACCGUACGGGUGCRAUGUGUGUGACAAAUCGUUCACACAGAGUAGCCAAUUGCAAAGGCAUCGACGCACACACACUGGUGAAAAACCGUACGAGUGCGACGUGUGUGAAAAGUCGUUCUCUUCAAGCUCCAGUUUGACGAAACAUAAACUUACGUGCAUGGCAAUCUGA